CUAGCAAAGACAGCAAUGCCGCCGCCUACGCCACAACGAAACCACCGUGCUAGCGAUGCUGCUUCUGAAGGGAGCCAUAUAUCGCAACAAGCACCAAUUAUUGAUCCAUCGUCCUACGUUAUAGUCACGCCGCAGAGCGAGGCGCCACCUUGGCCACCAAUGCAACCCCUCGACCCGCAACACCGCCCUUUAACGUCAGCACCCGCUCAUAUGCCCAUCUCUGGUGUUGAGCACGACUGGAUGAUCUCUCCGGACUUCAGCAACCAUGGCUUUGGGCCGGUCCCGAAUCUAGGAGACCUGCCUGCACUAUCUGAACGUGAAAUUGGCAAUAUCGAAUUCCUUCAUGGCCUGCCAUCCGCGGAGGAUUGGUCAAGGUGGCAUGCUGGAUCAGCUGCGGACGUCAGUACAGAUCUGGAUGGCUAUCCACCCCGAGGCCGUCAAGCACCCAACAAUUAUCAUUCUCCGCCCAUGGGCGGCAUUAUAAAUGGCUGAGGUUGAACACGUCUACAUCGCAAUGAUGUGGCCAUGGCUGGGCCGUCACCCACUACUUGGGAUCGACAAUCUUGCACUUGAAUCAAAGAUGACGCUGGCUGGUCCCACUGCUCUAGCCUGCAUCGUCAUCAAAAUGCUCAGUCGACAGUCCACUCAUGAUCGCUGUUCCGCAUAUAAGUGCUCAGUCCAGCGACAUCUCGACUCGCAGUCGCCUUGACAUCUCCGUUGCCUAAGAAGGCAAAUCCUGUACUCCUAGUCAGCACGCAAUUGAAGGCAUAUUAUGAUGGCUUACUGUUU